AUGAUGAUCCGCAUCCUUGGUUAUCGUUUCAUCGGGGCGAUAGUGCGAGCUGGACUGAGCCCUAACUUCACCGAGAACCUGCCGUGCGGCUUACCGGCUACCAGCGAACAGUCUAAGGAUGGAGCCGAGAUCACGUUCCUGUGCGAGCCACCGCAGACGGCCAGAUACGUCAGUGUGGACAUCGAUACUUCCAUGCCCGGUGUAGACGCGGAUCAGGCAUAUCUGCAACUUGCCGAGGUGGCGGUGGAAAACGUCACGUCUGGAGAGGGUGCUGAUGUUAAUGAUCCGCAUCCUUGGUGGCUGCUUGACCUAGGUAGCAAACACUGCUUGGGUAGAAUCAACGUCACUCUCCGAAAAGAUUACGGUGGUUUUCGUUUCGUCGGGGCGAUAGCGCGCGUUGGACUGAGCUCCAACUUCACCGAGAACCUGCCGUGCGGCUCACCGGCUACCAGCGAACAGUCUAAGAAGGGGGCCGAGAUCCCGUUCUUGUGCGAGCCACCGCAGACGGCUAAGUACGUCAGUGUGGACAUCGAUACUUCAAUGCCCGGUGUAAAUCCGGUAGAGGCAAUUCUGCAACUUGCCGAGGUGGCGGUGGAAGAGUACACGUCUGGAGAGUGUGCUGAGUAUGUUUGUAUCAACCUAAACCCUUGCCGCAAUGGCGGCACAUGUAUCCCAGAUACCGCCGGUAAUUUCUAUAACUGUUCCUGCCCCGCCGGGUUUAGUGGAGAGGAUUGCCAAAAUGAUGUUUGUAGCAACCCAAACCCCUGCCGCAAUGGAGGCACAUGUAUCCCAGAUACCAUCGGUAAUUUCUAUAACUGUUCCUGCCCCGCCGGGUUUAGUGGAGGGGAUUGCCAAAAUUCAGCCGAAGACCCUUGCAUACCUAAUCCCUGUAUGUGCGAAAACGGGACCAGCGGCAACAACUGUCAGAACGCCAAUUCAAACACCAUGCCAAUCAUUAUUGUCGUUGUCAUUGUCGUCGUCUUCCUGAUUGUCGGACUGGUCAUUGUCAUGGUUUCCCUCUUCAAAAGGUCACGGCGCAAGCGCAGAGGUGGCCGGCCGUCUGCUGUCGAUAGUGGGCGUGGACAAGAGCUGAUUGAAAAUAAAAAGUCGAAUGUUUAUUGGAUUGACACUCUUCAAGCAUCGACCUCGGAGUUCAGUGGACCAGCCAAGGAGUUCCCGCGGGACAAACUGCACAUCCUCGGCCAGUUAGGCAGCGGCUCGUUUGCUGUGGUCUACAAGGCCGAGGCAGAGGGAAUCAUCCGUAGGGGAACCAAUACGACGGUGGCUGUCAAGAUGUUGAAAGAGUCUGCUACACCCAACGAUCAGAGUGAUUUCAAGAAAGAGUUGCAAGUGUAUUCCAUGAUGGACCAGCACCUCAAUGUCCUGUCUAUGCUCGGAUACUGCACUGAAAAAGACCCAAUGUACAUAAUCCUGGAGUACGUUCCCCAUGGAGACCUGCAGACCUACCUGCGACACAUUCGGACGGGCACCGAACCCUUUUACAUGAAGAAGGAAGAGUUCAAGGAGAAGAAGGACCUGACACCGACUGAGAUCCUGACUUUCGCAUCUCAGGUGGUCAGGGGGAUGGAGUACCUAGCAUCAAAACAGUGUAUCCACAAGGACUUGGCAACCCGUAACAUCCUCCUUGGCGAGGGAUUGAUAUGCAAGGUGUCCGACUUUGGACUGGCUCGAGAAGUGGCUGAGAAAAGCCAAUACGAAAUGAAAUCACAGGGCAAGGUACCAGUUCGUUGGAUGGCUCCUGAGUCACUGCUUAGUAAUAUGUACACGAGCAAGAGUGACGUAUGGUCAUUUGGUGUUCUUCUGUGGGAACUCGUUACGUUAGGAUCGCAUCCAUACCCUGGCAUGUCAUCGCAGAAGGUAAUCGAUGAAAUAAAGCAGGGCUACCGACUACCCAAACCAGAGCAUUGUAGCGACAACAUAUACCAGAUAAUGAAGGACUGCUGGCAGGAGAAACCUGAAGACAGGCCGGAUUUCGCUGGUCUUCACACCACCAUAGACGACAUCCUUGCAGAUGCAGCGGGCUAUCUCGAGAUGGGAAAUGUCAACCUAGAUGAUUACAUGUACCUGAAACCUGGCCAAGGUUCGAGCAGCAUGGAAACAGGCUGAGAAAUCGCGCACAUGCAUUCACUACAAGCGUCACAUCACAGCGGCGUAAAACUUAGAAAAAGAUCGCUGGUUCAGUAUGAAUUGCCGUAGGGCAAGUUCGAACGAGAAUUUUCGUUUACCAUUGUUCAACUGUCUUUAUCAGAUGUAGCCUAGGCCUGGAAUCGUUGAAAUACUAGAGCUUUUGACAACCUAUCCCCGUAGCUGAUUCUCGCGCUAGUUCUGAUUUCUACGCUAUAGUACAUAUAGGUCGACAUCUGUAAAGUUGUAGGACCGUCAGUCGUCAUAAUUUUGCAGAGUGUAUUAGGUGAUUAAUAAACUCCAGGAAACACUUUGUAGGACGGGAAAAGCUCAUUGAAUGGUUCUUCUUAGCAGAGCACGAGUAAUUUACAUUAACUUUGAAAUGCUUACCUUUCCUUGGUAAUCAUUUUUUACCAAGGAAUAAAUGCGUGGUGGGCCGGUAUAAACACUUUUUUUCAAGCCCGGUUGGAGUCUGGAUGUUGAGUUUUGUCCGAACAUUGUUUUAAUUCUUGACACAAUUGACGGUAACUGCUUGGUAAUUGAGUGGCUGCAUUGUGCAGGUGGACGUAUGCAACAUAUAGUUAAGGUAUUAAAAUGCCUAAAUCUACGUUCAUUGACUGAAUGCAUUUUAGAAUAUUUUAGGGCACUAUUUAUAACUUGACUGUUUGUUUUUUGUUAAAUUAGCAUUCUAAUACAUGUGCAUAAUUAUGUACACAUCAGUGUCAAUAUUUUGAUUGGCUUUAAAGUACAUGUAGUUGUACCCGUUACUCUUGAAGUAUGUCAAUGAGACAUUUACAAUUAGAUACAGAUGUUCUUUAAAAAAAACUUUUGUUUUAUUAUGGAUUAAUAAUUAAUGGUAAGCCAAUUUAAUAAACUACGUUUAGGUGAAAAGAAAAUACUUCAAUUGCUCAAUCCGCUUAAAUUAUCCGUCAUUUAAACGAAAGGACACUAAAAUCAGUUUCGUCCGAAAAAGAAAGUUACGGAGAAUACUUGUUUCAGCAACUGUAAUACACAAUAUCUUUAUUAACAACCCUGUUUUGGCUAAAAACAAAGGAUUUAUAACAUCCACUUUAAUGUAAAGCCGGGCCUUCAAAAAGACAUUCUUGAAUAUUUGUAACUUUUAAACUGAGGUUUUAUCGCUGGUGAUAUGUUUGAGGACAAUUGUAAGGACAUCGACCGAGGCCAAACCAUGGAGGCGACACUGGCCUCUUCCCUUGGCGUAGUCGAAGAAAACGCACUCAGCCUCUUUGGUUCAGUAGCUGGCGCAAUGCGAGCGCGAUUUAACCAUCUUGGUCGCCAGGGGCUCCGAGUUGCCGAUCAAUGCUCCCUGGUGCGUCUUUGUGAAGAUUGCUGACUUGGUUUUAAAUGCAUUACCGUAAUUACCAGGAUCUAAAAAGGGGGAUGAAGGGUAAAUUUGAUCAAAGACAGGUUAAAUGACAGAGACUUUGCCAAAUAAAUCAGCAUCGGGGACCAUCUGUGUAAAAACGAUGAACAGCACGCAUGGACCAGCGAAAAGUCCAUACGUCCAGAUAACUACAAGUCGUUUGAUAAACCAGAGCCCUCGGCUGCCCGGUGUCCGCCUGAUAGUCUGACGGUUCGAUAGAAGGUUCUUUCGUCCGAAGGUUCGAUAGUCCGUACUUACCCGAAACCACUUGUGGGGUACCUGUCCUUUGUUCGAGGUACCCCUCAAAUAAAACCUUUAGAAACAAGGGUACCCCGCAACGA